AUGGAAAAGGAUUGUGCACUAGUUGAUGUCGAGAAGGCUUCCAGUCAAGUUGAUUCAGCCGAGAAGGAACUGAACAAAGCAAAAUGCAAAGACUUUGAAGAUAGGCUCGAACCGGAACGGUAUGGAGAAACUCAACGAAGACUAAACUCUCGUCAUGUGAAUUUGAUGAUUAUGGGCCAGUCAAUCGGUAGUGGCUUGUUCCUUGGUAUAAGAUCACCUUUAAAUACCAGUGGAUCGUUGUCCUUCUUUUUGGCAUUUUCCAUAUACGCAGUUGUCGUGGUGUAUCCAUUGAUGCAAUGUAUUGGUGUCAUGUGCGCAUACCUACCCAUAAAGGGCACAUUUAUUCAUUACAGUGCCAGAUACGUCGAUCCUGCCCUUGGGUUUGCUUCAAGCAUGAUUUACAUUUAUACGUGUAUGAUGUUUGUUUGCAUUGAAGCGACUGCGGUUGCUCAGUUGAUAGGUUACUGGUCAAAUCUCAACCCUGGCGUAUGGAUCACACUUUGUAUCUUGCUAUACCCGUUGAUUGGAAUAUUUGGCUGCAACAUUUAUGGUGAGGUUGAGUUCUAUGCUUCAAUCUUAAAGGUGUUUUUGAUAACAGCCUUGAUGCUUUUCUCAUUGAUUUCAAUGUGUGGUGGCAAUCCACAGCAUGAUGCGUAUGGUUUCAGACACUGGAGAGAGGGAGGCCUCUUUAGAGAGUAUUUGGUUGGUGGGGAUACAGGCAAGUUCUUAGGUUGGUGGAGCUCAUUGAUUUGGGCAGGAUUUGCAGCUGGAGGAGCUGAUGGGUUUUCCAUGAUUGCGUCUGAAGUGCAACGACCAAGAACAACUAUGCCCACAGCAGCAAAGAGGGUUUACAUUAGGGUUUACUUAUUCUAUAUUGGCGGCGUGUUUUUCCUCAAUUGUUUGAUUUCAUCAGUAAAUGAAAGAUUGGUCGAACAAUUAUCAGCUGGCUCGACAACUUCAGCCGGCUCUCCCUGGGUGAUUGGUAUAGAAGAUGUUGGUGUCAAAGGUUUGGCGUCAGUGAUUAAUGCAUGUGUAAUGACAUCAGCAUUUUCGUGUGGUAAUGCAUUCUUUUAUUGUUCAACCAGGUCGCUUUACAGUGCUUCGUUAGCUGGUUACUUGCCAAGGUUUUUAUCAAAGUGCUUAAAGAAUGGAUCACCAGUUUAUUGUGUGCUAAUCACAUUUUUGGUUUCGUUGGUUGCGUAUUUGAAUGUUAAUGAAGAUGGGAUGGUCGUUUUCAACUGGUUUGUUAACUUAUGCGCCACAGGGUUAUUAUUAUCAUACAUUUGUAUGUGGUGGUCGUAUCUCCAGUUCCGAAAAUCAUGGGAAGUACAACAUCAAACCAAAAUGAGAAACCCAGAAUAUCCUUAUUUCACCGGACCAAAAUGGCUACAUCCUUAUUUAACCUACUUGGGCUUCACAUUUACAGUGUUGGUGGUUGUCUUUAAUGGAUUUUGGAUCUUUUUCCCUGGCAAUUUCAAUGUCUCCAACUUAUUUACCAGUUACUUUGCUCCUGUGUUCUUUGUCUGCUUAUUUUUGUUUUGGAAAAUAUAUAAAAAGACUGAAUUUAGAACGCCGUUGACAGCUGACAUCACCAGUGGUAAGCAAAGAGUUGACGAUGAGGAAGAGGUUGAGGAGAGAGAAUUUGCAGCAAAGCAGGCAAAGUAUGUGACGGCAGCAUGGUAUGUCAAAGCAUGGAGAUGGCUCUACAACCUUUGCUUUAGUUGA